AUGGCGACUCCCAACGGGAAGUCCUCGACCCGCAGGCAGCCGCGGCCGCAAAAAGUCGACCGCAAACUCAAGCGCAAGCGCGAAGUCGAAAGCAUCGAAGCCCUCCAAAAAGCCGUCGACGAGCUCGAUCCCAAGACCAUUCCGGCCCAGUUCACCGAGCUUCCCCUGUCGAAGCCCACCGCCGCUGGCCUGCGAGACUCCCACUUCGUCUCCCUGACCGACAUCCAGGCACGUGCCAUCCCCACCGCCCUCAGAGGAUCCGACAUCCUCGGGGCCGCCAAGACUGGCAGCGGCAAGACGCUCGCCUUCAUCGUGCCCGUGCUCGAGAAGCUGUACCGCGCGCGGUGGACGGAGCUGGACGGACUGGGCGCUCUGAUUGUCUCUCCGACACGAGAGCUGUCGGCGCAGAUUUUUGAGGAGCUGCGCAAGGUGGGACGGCACCAUGGCUUCUCGGCCGGUCUGGUGAUUGGUGGCAAGAGUCUGCAAGAGGAGGCUGAACGGGUUGGGCGGAUGAACAUUCUUGUCUGCACGCCGGGCCGGAUGCUGCAGCACCUCGACCAGACGGCCACCAUGGACGUCAACAACUUGCAGAUUCUCGUCCUGGACGAGGCGGAUCGCAUCUUGGACAUGGGCUUCAAGGCGGCCGUCGACGCCCUGGUCGAGCACCUCCCUCAGUCCCGCCAGACACUUUUGUUCAGUGCCACUCAGACCCGCAAAGUGUCUGAUCUCGCCCGCCUCAGUCUCCAGUCACCCGAGUACAUUGCCGUGCACGAAGCCGCGGCCGCGGCCACGCCCAGCCAACUACAGCAACACUACGUCGUCACACCCCUCCCCGAGAAGCUGGACACGCUCUACGGCUUCAUCCGGUCGAACCUCAAGUCCAAGAUGAUUGUCUUUUUCUCGUCGGGCAAGCAGGUCCGCUUUGCUUACGAGGCCUUCCGCCAGAUGCAGCCGGGUAUCUCGCUGCUGCACCUGCACGGCCGCCAAAAACAGGUCGCCCGUCUCGAGAUUCUGCGCCGCUUCGCCGCUGCGAAGCACGCAUGUCUCUUUGCCACAGACGUCGUCGCCCGCGGCGUCGACAUUCCUAUGGUCGACUGGGUCGUCCAGGUCGACUGCCCCGAAGACGCCGACACCUACAUCCACCGCAGCGGCCGGACGGCGCGGUACGAGAGCGCCGGCAAGGCGAUCCUAUUCUUGGACCCCAGCGAAGAGGCCGGCAUGAUCAAGCGGCUGGAGCAGAAAAAGGUCCCCAUCAAGAAGGUCAACGUGCGCGAGACGAAGAAGCAGAACAUCCAGGACCAGCUGCAAAAUAUGUGUUUCCAGCAGUACGAUGUCAAGUACCUGGCGCAAAAGGCCUUUAUCUCCUACACACGGUCGGUCCACCUGCAAAAGGACAAGGACGUCUUUAAGCUGGACGAGCUGGAUCUCGAUGGGUUUGCAAAGUCCCUCGGCCUCGCGGGUGCGCCGCAGAUCAAAUUCCGCAAAGGCGACAAGGGCGAGGACCUGAAGACGAUCAAGAACCGGUCGCGGGCGAUGUUGUCGAGCGGCUCCGAGGACGAAGAGGCGUCAGACGGCGAAGGCGGCCUGAAGACCAGGGACAAGAGCAAGGACAAAAAGAAGAACGAGGUGCGCACCAAGGCGCAGCGCAUGUUUGAGCGGACCAACCAGGACGUGCUCACCAAGCACUACCAGAACCUCAUUGGCGAGGAGGGCGACGAGGCACCAGGGACAACCGACAAUGCCGACGACGCCGACUUCUUUGCCGCCAAGCGCGUCAUGGACGACGAUGCCCUCACGCAGGCCGCCGGCCUGCGCGGCCCCAAGGGCAGUCAAUCCGCCGCCGCCGAUCCCUCCAACUUUACCACUGCCAAGGUCCUCCAUCUCGGCGGCGAGCGUGAUCUCGUUAUCGACUCCAAGCGCCGCGAGAAGCUCCUCAAAUCCAAAAAGCAGCUCCUCAAGUUCCAGGGCACCGGCACCAAGAUGGUGUUUGACGACGACGGCAACGCCCAGCCCCUCUACCAGCUCCGCGACGAAGCCCACUUCCGGGAGCAGGGCGCACCCGAAGCGCAGCGCCAGCAAUUCGUCCAGGCCGAAGCCGACCGUGUCCGCACGGCCGAUGUCGAGGACAAGGCCCUGGCCAAGGCCAAGCGCCGCGAGAAGAAGCUCAAGCGCAAGGCGCGCGAGCGGGGCGAGGCGGCCGAGAGCGACGGCGACGCCGACGGAGACGGAGGCGAAGACGAAGACGACGUGCACGGCGGCGCUUACAUUGGCGGCAGCGGCCAGUUUGGCGACGACGGCGACGACGGCCUGGCACUGCUGCGGUCCCUGCCCAUGGCCGGCGAGAACGGCGACGGCAGCGAGUACGACAACGGCUACGGCUCAGAAGGAGAUGCACCUGCACCCGCCAAGAAGAAGCAGAAGAAGUGGUUCCAAAACGACAGCGACGUCGACAGUGACGGCCAGCAGAGGACGACCAAGAAGGCCAAGACGUCCAAGAAGGACAAGCACACGGUGCUUGAGAUGGACGCCAUGCCGGACAACCUGGAAGACCUGGAGGCCUUGGCAACAGGUCUGUUGGACGACUGA